UGUCUUCAAAAAAAAAAAACAGAGAGUAAAUAUCUGUAAAUAAAUAAAAUAAAAUAAAAUGGGUUGAGUUGGGCCAAAAGAAGGCCCAUAAUUUCCCAGCUGACCCGCACCGACAACAUUCAAUAUAAAACUGGAGCCUGGCAAAAAGGGAGGGAAUUUUUUGGUAAGCAGUGUUUUCUCGGGAGAAGCAAAAGGCCAAACGAAACCAAUGAAGCUCUCGUUCUCUCUGCCAUCGAAACCCUCUUCAAACCCUAACCCCAAACCCUCAACCGCAUUCAACGACAGCAACGCCGACACAAACGACGACGGCUCAAUUCAAUACGUCAACGAAUUCGACGCCUCGCAACCCCUACGCGGCGACCCCAAAACCCGCGUAAUCCCUCCGAUCCCUAACGAAUGGCUGAUGAAACCCGAAUCCGAGAAUCGCUCCGAGGUCCGGUCGCUCUCUGCCAGGAUUUCCAACGGUCUCAAUCUCCGGCCGAAGCUCGAAUCGGAGAACGGGGAACGUGAUGAACGGUUGAGAUCUGCAGGCGUGGAUUUGGAGACGCUGGCGCUCCAGAAAUUGAAAGAGGACUUGGAGCGGUUGCCGGAGCACAGGGGAAUGGAGGAGUACAACGACGUGUCGGUGGAGGGCUACGGGUCGGCGUUGCUUGCCGGGUACGGGUGGUGUCCGGGCAAAGGAAUAGGGAAGCACGCUGAGAAGGAUGUCAAGGUCGUGGAGUUCAAUCGGAGACCGAACGACAGGCACGGGUUAGGGUUUCGUAUGAGUCGUAUAGACGACCAGCAGUGAAAAAGGAUUUUUAGGAUGGUAGUGCCAAAAUUACAAGGUGUUUUCCUUGUUGCAAUUUUUUUAUUUAUAAAUAGCUUGUGCUAAAGUAUAUAUCAACACAUUAUUAAACAAUCUUUUGAAGACUAGUGGUCUCAAAUUCAAAUUUCUACUAUCAUAUGGGAUCA